AUGGAUGCAGAAACUUCCAAAAAACGAAUAAGAAAAAGUAACUGGGACCCCAGGGACGAGAUUACAUUAGUGGAGGAGGUACAGAAGAGGGAGAAGGUACUCUUUGGAAAAUUAGACGGGUCAGGGAGGACUUCUGUUGAUAAGACAAAGGCCUGGAAAGAGGUCACUGACCUAGUCAAUGCUGGAAGUACAUUUAGUUCGUGCAGAGACGUGAAUGAAAUAAAGAAGAAAUACCAGAACAUCAAACAGAAAGCAAAAGAAAAGAGAAGUGCUAUUUUGAACCCUAAGACUGGGGGAGGGAAAAAACCAUCAUCCCCGAAUGUUAGUGAACAGUUGUUGUUGGACAACUUGGAAGGCAGACCAAGUCUAUGUGGCCUUCCUAGUGGAAUAGACACUGCAGCUGAAUCAGUUGUGGAUUUCUCAGAUGACAACCAUGCCUUGCAUGAAUUAGAUUUGACUAUAGUGAGACCACUCAGCUUGAGCAUUUGUUACCAUAAACACAGCCUCUGCCCUCCACAUCUACCACUUCAUCAACAGAGCUUCAUUUGA